UUUAUUUUCCAUGUUUCUACUCGGAUUCAUAUCUCCAGCAGACAUUAUUCACGCCUCUGCUCUUUUCAUGGAAGUUUAUUUAUUCGAUUAACACCUCUACACCCGCUACAUUGUUAACUGCACGUCAGCAGCGUGGUUUAAGGCAUGUCUCAGGACAGUCAACACGGCAAGUGGAGCGUAUCCAGCAGCGAGGACGACGACGAUGAGCUUCUUCUGUCAGGGACAUCAUCCAAGCCCCCUCAAUUGACCGUGUCCAAUCACAGCUCGCGCUCUUCCUCCGUCAUAGACAUCGCCUCCGUAGAUGAGAAACCGGAAUGGUCUCCGGUUCCUAUGCUCGUGGUCGGUUCUGAGGCCAGACAGCAGGCUGCAAAGAACCAGACAAACCCUGUCAAAUAUGAAUCCUCUCCAUCUUUAGCCGGGAAGAGGAAGAUGGACGUAGCAGAUGGCUCCGGUUGGGCGCUCUCUGACAGCGAUGAUGAUGAAGAUGCAAAGAAGAAGAGUAACCCACCACCAGCGAGGAAGGCUCCCAGUCCCAAACGCCAGAAGGUGGCAAACGUACGCCCUCCCAGCCCCCAUGGACGUGUCUACUACAUUGACGAGCCCGAUGACUUCUUUGAGUCCAGCGUUCCCUGUCUGGAUGACAUGUUCAGGUUCUACCUCAACAAGGUGACGGGCCUGGACAGGAAGUACAACAGCGGAGCGCUGCAUGUCAGAGACAUCCUCUCACCAUUAUUUGGCACUUUAAAAGAAUCCGUUCAGUUUAAUUACUGCUUUGACAUCGCCUGGAUGGUUCAACAGUAUCCCCCAGAGUUCAGGGAUCGUCCCAUCCUGAUUGUCCACGGGGACAAGCGGGAGGCCAAGGCUCGGCUGAUGCAGCAGGCUCAGCCCUUUUCUCAUGUUCGCUUCUGCCAGGCCAAACUGGACAUCGCUUUUGGAACACACCACACGAAGAUGAUGCUGCUGUGGUAUGAGGAGGGCUUCCGAGUCAUCAUCCUAACCUCCAACCUCAUCCGAGCCGACUGGUAUCAGAAGACACAGGGGAUGUGGAUGAGUCCUCUGUUUCCACGGUUACCAAAAGGCAGCAGCGACACCUGCGGCGAGUCGCCCACCUUUUUCAAGAGGGACCUGCUUGAAUAUUUGGCAUCUUAUCGGGCGCCCGAGCUAGAUGAGUGGAUUCAGCGGAUCCAGGAGCACGACCUCUCGGAGACCAGGGUGUAUCUGGUAGGCUCCACUCCUGGCAGAUAUGUAGGACCAGACAUGGAGCGCUGGGGCCACCUGAGGCUCAGGAAGCUGCUGUACGAGCACACCAACGGCGUCCCCGACGAGGACCAGUGGCCAGUGGUGGGCCAGUUCUCCAGCAUCGGCUCCAUGGGGGUGGAUAAGACAAAGUGGCUGGCAGGAGAGUUCCAGCGCACCCUUACCACGCUGGGAAAGGGGUCUCUUCGGCCCAACCCCCCUGUUCACUUGUUGUACCCAUCAGUGGAAGAUGUCAGGAUGAGUUUAGAAGGUUAUCCUGCUGGUGGCUCUCUUCCCUACAGCAUCCAGACAGCGCAGAAGCAACUCUGGCUGCACUCCUACUUCCACCGAUGGCAAGCAGAUGCAACUGGUCGGACUCAUGCCAUGCCCCACAUCAAGACUUACACGAGGGCGUCACCGGAUUUCACUGAGCUAGCUUGGUUCCUCGUCACGAGUGCCAACCUGUCCAAAGCAGCAUGGGGGGCUUUGGAGAAGAACAACACACAGGUGAUGAUUCGAUCCUAUGAGCUCGGCGUCCUCUACAUGCCCUCAGCCUUUAACAUGAAGACAUUCCCAGUGAGGAAAAACCCAUUUCCCGUCUCAUCGUCGUCCUCCGGUUUCCUAGUGCCAUUUGACCUACCCCCAACAUGCUACACACCUAAAGAUGAACCUUGGAUCUGGAACAUUCCGUAUAGCCAGGCUCCAGACACACACGGCAACAUUUGGGUUCCCUCCUAAAAAAUGCACACUUAGAAUUUGUUAUUAUUAUUAUUGUGCUUAUAACUGUCACAUUUCUGUCAUUUCUAUGCCAUUUUCAUAUUUUUUUUACAGUAGAGACAAUAAAAUAUCGUGUUAGAUCGUUACAUGACAUCUGCCUUGAUUUGGUGCUUACCUAUAUACAGAAACAUAUAAGUAGUGAACAUUUAUAAUAAUCAGAUUAAAAGUUAGUCAUGGACGGAAGGAAGGAAGGAAGGGAUAAAAAUAGGAAGGGAGGGAGGAACUAAGAUGGGUGGAAGGAAGGAAGGCUCUAGGGCUGCACGAUAUUGGAAAAAAAAUAUACAAUUUUGCAAUUUGAAAAAUUGAAAUUUUGCAAUUGUCUUUCACUCUGCAAUCUAUAUUGCGGUGUUAAAAAAAUGCAUGAUAACAUACACAUAAUGUGAAAACCAGAACACGUUUCCCUCUAGAAAAACUAAGCUCAGUAGCGCACAAAAGUAUGCAGUCAUUUGUAUGAAGUCUACCUGUAGUUAAAUGCACUGUAGUAUUGAGCAAUAGUCCAGCCAGAGAUGACAUUAAAAUUAUUUGUACUGUAGAGUCAUUACCACAUUCCUAACACUAUUCAUUUGUUUAUAAUCAGUUAUUUUACACCAAUGUUUGAACACAUGCAUUAGUAUUUCUAUAUUUGAGUGCAUUAGUUUAAGAUUGUGUAUACUUGGUUUGUCCCUUCAAUACUGCAGUGGCUCUCGCCCCUCCCCCUAAGUGUAAUACAUACAUACAACAUACUGUACAUUCAUGCGUCACAUUCGGGAGAGAGAUGCAGGAAAUGCAGGUGUGUAAUUGUUUCCCGUGGCCUCAUUAAUAGUUAUCAUACAAAAAAAAAAGUAUAUACCACUUUGGGCUGCUCCGUGUGUGUUCUUUGAUGGGUUAUAAUUUACCGUAACAUCAGUGCAAAUCUUAUUAGCAUGUCCAACCAGGUCACUUAUUAAGAUUACAGUUGACUGACUGCAUAGCAAUAAACAUUGUGAUGACGAGCUUCAAAGGAUAUAUUGAGCGGACCUAGGAUUCCUUUCUCUUUUCACAUCAUUCUCCCUCCCAUCAUUGUUUCCUUCCUCCUUUUUCCCUUUCAUACAACCUUGUUUCUUUCCUUUCAUCCAUCUGUCCUUCUUUCUUUCCUUUCACACCAUCCUACCUCUCUUCCAUCCCUUUUUCAGAAUCAUCUUUAUUUGCUCAGUAUGUCAAAAACAUGGAAUAUGUCUCCGGUGGACAAAUGUGUUUGUGACAAAUUUGUUUCCUCCCUUAAUCCACCCUUGUUACCUUCCUUCCUUCAUCCUUUAUUCUUUUCAUGCCAUCCUUGUUUCUUUUCUUCCAUCCUUCCCUUCAUACAUCCAUAUUGCUUUCGUUCCUUCCUUCCAUUAAUACCUCUUUACUUCAUCCCUUGCAUACAUCUUUGUUUCCUUCCAGCGUCCCUUGUUUCCUUCCUUCCUUUAAUACCAAUCUUUCGACAAUCCCUUCCUUCUUGAAGAAGUUAAUUUAAG